AUGUCCCGCCAUCCCGUGAGAGUGGUGAUCCGGGACCGGCCGGUGAGUGGAGGCGGCUCUUCCGUCGAGCUUGGUGCGGAUGGGAGGACGGUCCGCGUGAUCAGUGCACAGCGCUCAACCUCCUUUAGCUACGACACAGUCCUCGACGGAGCCUCACAGGAGCGCACGUUUGAGGAAGUCGGCCGGCCUCUGUGUGAGACUGUCAUGCAGGGGGUGAACGCCACCGUCCUUUGCUACGGCCAGACGGGCGCCGGAAAGUCCUUCACCAUGGUUGGGAAUGGCCAGGACUACCACACGCGCGGCAUCUUGCCUCGGGCCCUCGCCUCCAUCUUUCGCGGGGUUGCCGACCGUCCCGAGUACGAGUACACCCUACGACUUCAGUGCCUCGAGAUUUACAACGAUUCAAUGUACGACCUCUUGUCGACCCUGCCCGGCGCCCAGCGCAGCGAGCUCUCCCUGUCCUCCUCCUCGGAGGUGGUCGGCCUGACCUCGCCGAAGGUCAGCUCAGAGCAGGAGGCGCAUAAGCUCGUUUUUGAGGCGGAGGCGAACCGGGCGGUGGAGCAGCAUAAGCUGAACGCUCGCUCGAGCCGGUCGCACGUGCUGUACAUGCUGCUGGUCGAGCGGCGCUCACGCGUCGACUCGUCCGGAGCCGUCCUCAAGUCGCGACUCACGCUGGCCGACCUCGCAGGCUCCGAGCGCCUAAAGAAGUCCGGCGACCACGGUGACGAGGGCUUUCAGCCACCCUCGUCCCUGAACCUGACUGGGGUGGCUCCGACGCGGCAGCAGCGGCUCGCGCGUGAGUCCAUGUGCAUCAACAAGUCCCUCUCCUUCCUUGAGCAAGUCGUGAUUGCGCUCGGCAGCAAGAGGCCGAGCGGACACGUCCCUCAUCGCUCCUCGCGGCUGACCGCUGUGCUGCGCGACUCGCUCGGCGGCAACUGCAGGACGGUGCUUAUAGCAAACAUCCGCACGGACGACGUCCACGUCGAGGAGACCUUCAGCACUUGCCGCUUUGCGCAGCGG